AAUGGACGACGUGGAGGAACUUACCAGCGCUUGUGCGAAUGGGGAUGAAAAGUACGUAAAAACACUUCUUGAUCAAGGUGUCAAUCCCAACACAUAUUCUUCACAAGGGUUUCUUCCUCUUGGUAUUGCAGCGUUUUGGGGAUAUAGCAACAUAGUGAAGCUACUGCUUAAUCAUGGUGCGGAUGUUAAUGGGUCACAUAAGGGAACCAAGUGGAGCUGUCUUCACUGUGGUGCAUUCCAAGGUCAUGGUAAAGUUGUUAUGAUUAUUAUGGAAUAUCAUCCUGACUUGACCUUGAAGGACAGCAAAGGAAGAACCGCAUCAGAUUUUGCUUCAGCUAUUGAAAACAUUUGGCCAUUUUUUGCAGCUGCAGGAUGUAAGAGAACUCCCAAGUCUGAACUAAUUGAAAAAGACAUAGUAAAAAAGAUUUCCAACAAAGAAAUUGCCCAGAUCCCACAGUAUGAGAGAGUACACUUCUCAAGACCAGGUUCAGCAUACGCAGUAARAACACAAAACCUUUAUGGCUCAACAAGAUCUGAAAGACCAUCCAUAAUGGAACARAAGGAAGAUAUUGCUUACAGUAAUGGUGAUGUUUUGACAGAAGGGGAUUCCCCUSGAACUAAUGGUACAAGAGGCAGUCCAUCAUUUAAUGUAUGGAGGAACUAAUGCAGCAGGGGAAUCCCCUUUGUCAAUGCAAG